AUGUUUCGUGAGUAUCUGGAGAAAGGAAAGUCAUGGGUUGAUAAAAUAGCUUCUGCUGUCAUGAACUACACAGAGCUGGAGAAUAAAGUUCGUGAAGCGACAAAUGAUGAGCCAUGGGGACCGCAUGGAAAGAUACUGAAUGAUCUCGCUCGAGAAACAUUUGAUGCUGAGGGGCUUUUGGAAAUUAUGACAAUGUUGCUAAGUCGGAUUUUCCCCGAAAAUCCUAAUAACUGGCGCCGUAUAUAUAAAGGUUUGACAGUUCUUGCGUAUUUGUUGAGAAACGGAUCUGAGCGUGUAUGUGAUAUUGCUCUCGACAACGUCUACAACCUCCGUUCACUGGAAAAUUACCAAUGCAUUGAUGAAAGAGGACGUGAUCAAGGCUCCUCGGUUCGAAUCAAAGCUCACGAGGUUGUGGAGCUGCUUCAAGAUGCUGAAUUUCUUCAGGCUGAGCGGCAGAAGGCUCUUUCUACCCAGAAGGUCUAUGCGGGUAUUGGAAAUAGUCACGUCAUGGGACCUACCUACUCUAGCAACUAUGGAAUGUCUGAUGAUGGCACCGGUGCCGAUGAUUGGAAUUCUAGUGACUCCUAUCAUUUUCCUCGUGGUGCGCCUCAGGCUGAAAUGCCGUGGCGUGAAAGAAAGGGGAGCAGUGAGAGGCGCACUAGCUUCUCAUCCAAUCGCCUGGGUAGUUUUGAUUCCUGGAAGUUGGCUCGCGAACGCACUAUCGUUGACGAUGUCGCUGACAAGUUUUCUGAUGUACUAAAAGCUGCUAAAGUCGUCACGAAUGACCUUCUUGGCAAGCCGAGAGUUCCACCACCUUCAAUGUACGAGGAGGAUCCGCAUAAGGUUUCCGAGGAGGUAUUCAGUUUCCCCGAUGCAACAGUUGAACAGGCAGAAGAGGAGCAUAACUCUUGUCGGCGGACCUCUAACACCUCCAAAGUCUCAUCACCCAUCCAAACUAGUCGCAAACCGCUUUCGAAAGAGGCUCCAGCUACCCUGAUCGACUUUGAUUUUCCUUCGGCUGGUUCUGGUGUCACGAGUCCGACAAGGCUCCCGAGGCCGCCCUCGACGGAAGUGCUGGCGUCACCGCUUAAGAAUAGGCAGGACGAGGACAAUGUCGAUUUCUUUGCUGAGCUGGAUAAGCAUCAAGCCAAAAUGCCACAGAAUACUCUAACUGCUGCUACCGACCUCUUUGCGAGCUUCAACGCUGAAACCCCACCCAUGGCCACACAGACCACUUUGACAUCUGUUUCCCAUGGGGUCGCCGAUUUUGAGGAUUUCUCCAGCUUUCAAGUCGCUCCUAACUCUGAGACGCCAGCACAAACCUUUAGCAACACCAUCUUGCAGUCGACCGAGCAGUCAGUGGACCCCCUUUUCGAUGAGUUCACGUCACCUACUCAGCUCUCCUGCGCACAUUCUGCCAUGACAACAGUGCUCACUCCCUCAAAGUCCCCAUUGCAACCUCAGCAGCCUUCGGCAACUGUACUAAAUACCACCACUGAUCAGCAGAUGUGUGGCAAAUCGACAAGUGCCUCUUCCAGCGUCGGUAAGACGUGGAGCGGUUUGGACGCUUUCAAUCUCGACAUCGACUUCAAGACGGUUGCUAACAGUGCCACAAAACCCGCUGCUCCAAGUCUCAGUCAGUUGCAGAGCCUCAAACAGAAUAAGUCGGUAACUCAUCCGGUGUCGCCUCAAACAACCUCGUGUGGUAAGAGUCUUGUCUUGCCUUUUAAUCAUUAA